AUGGGCGAAAAGAGGAAAGCCUCACAAGACCUGCAGAACUACAGGCUCCCUGUAGAUAAUGGUGAUACGAACCAACCAACAGCCACGACCAGCACCCUUAUAGGCCCAGCACAAGAUGAUGUAGCUCGAGAUCGUCACUACGCCGAACUAUACGCCAAAGCACCCGAUUUUCAACAGCUUGCCCUUCAAGAUACAGACUUUGCGCGGCUGUGGAAUGAGCACAAGUCUGACUUCUUCAACGAUCCAGAAUGCGUUAUGCAGUUGACAAAAACACUUCUCAAGCUGGACUUUGGACUGCGGCUUGAGCUUCCUAAUGAUCGACUACUUCUCGACACCUCUACGUACGAGAAGCAUGCUCAGGAUGUUGUCGGGCUAGAUAUAGGUACCGGCGCAAGUUGCAUCUACCCACUACUAGGUUGCACAGAACGCAAUUGGAACUUUAUCGCUACAGACAUUGAUUCCAAAAGUCUUGAGUAUGCUCGCAAGAAUGUGACUUUGAACAAUCUUGACCAGAGGAUCAAGGUUGUCGAUCGGAAAUGGACAGACAAUCUCAUCCCACUAGAUGAACUGCAUGUUCCACGUAUCGCAUUCACCAUGUCUAACCCGCCCUUUUACAAAUCUGAGCAAGAGCUUGUUGAAAGUGCCAAGAAAAAGUCACAGGCGCCCUUCACGGCUUGCACAGGUGCCAAAGUCGAGAUGAUAACUGCCGGUGGUGAAGUCGCAUUUGUUGAUCGCAUCCUCAACGAGUCUCUCAUCCUUCGAGAUCGUGUGCAGUGGUACACAUCUAUGUUUGGCUUCCAGUCAAGCCUAGUCACAUUUGUGGAUAAGCUGAAGGAGAACAAUAUCUGCAACUACGCCGUGACGGAAUUUGUCCAAGGAAGUCAAACGAGGCGCUGGGCUAUCGCGUGGAGCUUUGGAAGCAUGCGUCCAAGUCAAGACGUUGCUCGCGGCACCAAGAAUUCACUUUCCAAGAACGCUCUCCCCGAUAUCACGGAGGAGACGGUUGUGGAUUUACCUUUCCAUGGCUCCAUUAGCAACUUUGCAGACCAGUUCCGCGCUGAGCUUGAAAAGCUCGAACUUCUCAGCUGGGAAUGGGACGCUGAAAGACUGGAAGGCACUGGCCGAGCAGCCGGUCGUGUCUGGGCGCGAGCUUGGCGGAGAAAGAAACAGAGAGCAGAUGAAGAAGAUGCCAGAUCUGAGUCAACAGAGUGCGUUUUUGCUUUCAGAGUGUCCAUACGGUUUGACAAGGAUUUCAUGUCAGUCAGUUGUCGAUGGCUCGAGGGUCACGAUCCGGUUACAUUUGAUAGCUUCCGUGGACAUGUGAAGAAGACGGUAAAGUCUAUCUUCGUUCGAUCUGUUUCUGAGAUGCACACCUCUAAUUAG